UUUCCUCCAUUCCGGACUCCUGCCUGCAAUCCUGGUUUCCGCGGGCGGAAUUCCAUUUGGCAUCCCUAUCCCCCUUCCCCCCUGUCCCGCCGCUCCAAAUCGGCUGCAGAUUUCUCGUCUCAUGGCAGCCGACGUCUCCAUCCCCACCCACUCUCGAUCCCCCUCCACCACCCGCUAAUUCUUCCUAGUCCCUCUCCUCUUGCGCCGACGCCUCCUCUCUCCUUCCUCGUCUCACUCUCCUGCUGCACUGCCGGAGAAAUCAAAUCCCGUCAAAAGGUGGUUUAGGUGACUGGUGCUCUGGACCUGGUGCUCAGCAUUAGAGAUUUGCACGGUCACAGGUUUGCAGCUGGGCGGUGCAGCAUCUGUGCGGGCUCCUCUGUUCUAUAGCUCGACCAGAGGCACGGAGUUCUGUCAAGAUGACUUGUCCAAGAAGAUGGAGAUCAUUUCCCCUUUGUUUCUUUCUGGUGAUUUUCCUCAUGGCUCAGCUGGGAGCUUGCAAUGUUGUACUCAUGGCGAACAACACAACCUUGUCAUUCGAUGAUGUCGAGGCUACCUUUACUCCAGCGGUGAAAGGUUCAGGUGUAAAUGGUGCACUUUAUGCUGCUGAACCUCUGGAUGCAUGCAGUCCAUUGAGAACUAAAGCAGUUAAAGGCUCUGUCUCGCCGUUUGUGUUGGUUAUAAGAGGUGGUUGCCAAUUCGAUGACAAAGUUAGAAAUGCACAGAAUGCUGGGUUCAAGGCUGCUAUAGUAUAUGACAAUGAAGACAAUGGCGUCCUUGUUUCAAUGGCUGGAAGCUCGUCUGAAGUCCACAUAUAUGCAGUGUUCAUCUCUAAGGCAUCAGGAGUGGUGUUGAAGAAAUAUUCAGGUCAAACUGAAGCAGAGUUGUGGAUAAUACCAACCUAUGAGAACUCAGCUUGGUCAAUCAUGGCAAUUUCGUUCAUAUCACUGCUUGCUAUGUCUGGUGUCCUGGCCACUUGCUUUUUUGUGAGGAGACACCAGAUAAGACAGGACAGGGCUCGAAUCCCCCGAGCUCGAGAGUUCCAUGGAAUGAGCAGUCAAUUAGUUAAAGCAAUGCCAAGUCUCAUCUUCACAAAAGUUCAAGAAGAUAAUUGUACAUCAUCAACAUGUGCCAUUUGCUUGGAAGAUUACACUGUUGGAGAAAAGCUAAGAGUGCUACCUUGUCGACACAAGUUCCAUGCAGCCUGUGUUGACCUGUGGCUUACCUCAUGGCGAACAUUCUGCCCUGUAUGCAAGCGAGAUGCAAAGGCUGGAACAUCAAACCCCCCUGUAUCAGAGUCUACCCCUUUGCUUUCUUCUGCAAUUCGGCUACCUCCUGAAUCAACUGCUUUGGCCUCCUUCCGGUCAACAGUGGGAGCAUCUCCUCCUAGGCCAAUCAGCCGGCAUCCUUCAUCGCAAUCCAUAUCUCGCAAUUACUCCAUUUCAGGUUCCAGUAUUCCCCGCACCCCUAACCUCAAUAGGUCUUAUGCAAACUCACCUCCCACCUGCGCAAGCGCAAGCAAUGCAGACCUUGCAAAUAUGUCAUCCUCAUGGUCUCGCACAUCACACCUUGCAUCCGCACAUUCUCUGCGUGGUGGCCAUUUGUCUCCACCAAUCAACUUCAGUUAUAUUUCACCACACGUCUCCUGUUCUGGCUAUGGAUCACCUAGUCGGUAUAUAGGUUCAUCACAAGUGCCCCAUGGAUCUCCGAGUUAUUACACUGGAUCUUCAGUGCAGCGGCAUCCUUACCUGCGGCACUGCAUUUUGUCCGGCCCGAGCCUGUUCACCAUGGUGCCUCCAUCACCGCAACAGACCCAGCUGCAGCACGGUGGCGACUCAGAGACAAGUUUAUCAGCUGCUGCAUCAACUCAGUCAUUCCGUCAGCUCUACCUACAGCACUGUCCUGAUUCUGACACAUCAUCUCAGUCGCUACCAGGGUGCUGAUUUCUGCUGCAAAAUUCUCACCAUUUUAACAGCAAUGGUGGCUCCUGUGAGCUAUCUGGUGCCAAACUGACAUGUUAACGUGAGAUAGUCAAUGGGGGUACCCUUGAUGGUUAUACUGAAAAUCUGAAAUGCUUGUAAGAACAGAAGAUCGGCAGCCUCAAAAUGUGAGCAAUUUUACUAGCCGAGUCCUUAAGGAGCAGAUGUGAGUGCACGUAGCGGGAGUAGUUUUGACUUUGCCUACUUUGAGGCAUGUAAUGUAGUUAAUCAUAUGUUUCUGGUGCUCAAGAGUUGAUGUGUUUGUUGCUGCAUCUUGACGAAGGAAAUGUCAGCUCCUGUCCAGUUUCAUGAGUGUUUAGCUUGUAUUGAUGCAGCUUAGUACGAACCUUGGAUGGAGUUUGUCUUCUGGGGUUUCAGCAUGUUAAGCUCUCCUUUUUUGUUUUGAAAGCUUAA